CCACUAUCUUCACAAACCAAACACAACUUGGAGAAACAGGACAAACCGUACUUUGCUCUUAAAGGGAAGUAAAAACAUAAUUCGAGAUGAAAGCCAAAAUGAACCGAGCUGCAAUGAAGCGCGUGGACUCUCCGACAGAACAGGAGAAUGAUCAGCGACUGGCCGAGGAGGAACUGGCUCGCUUGCACCGCCAGUACCGCAUCGUGGAGAGCCACCGGAAGACUUACUUCGAGGAAGCAAGGAACAUCAUCAGGAAACAGAAGUCCCACAUUGAUUCCUUGAGUGAAGAGGGACAGGAAAUCGACAUUGACCUCAGACUGGCUCUCAACCAGACCAAUUUAAAGAAGGACAAGGCCAACAUGCAGCGCCUUCAGAAACUGCUGGCACUCUACCAAGAAGAUAAAGCGACCGUAGCUGAGGAAGAGGGUGUUAUCACCAAGUUGGAUGAAAAGGUCAGAGAGCUUGAGCGCAUGCUUCAAAAGAAGUACAAAGAUUUGGGUGGUUUCCAGGUGGACAGUAUCCGUCACGUGAGCACCCAGAAGCGAAUCAGAGUCCUGGAAAACCGGCUAGACAAGGCAACAGUUGCAUUCAACACGAUGCUCACCAAGAACCUGGAGCUGCGAGAACGAAUCGAGCACCUGAGGAGGGAACGCGCCAUCUACGACAAGCUGUACCGCAUACUGAGCAAGGAGCAGAACGAGCUGAAAUGUAGGAUCACCGAAAUGAUUGAGGAGGCUACCGCAGCUUAUGAUAUGAGAGACGAAGCUCAGGCGAAGAUGUCGGCUAUUCGCGAGCGAUCGGAGAGGGAGCAGACACUGUACGGCUUUGACAUCAAGGAACUCAAGCGGAUCAUUGACCACGACCAGAAGCUGAAGGACUUCAUGGCGGUCAAGUGCCAAGAACGGACGGAGAUGAAAGCAAUCGAGGCUGCCAAGCGGAAGAAGAAAGAAGACAAGAAAGCCAAUGAGCGUGCUCACAAAGAAGAGAUUGAGCAAUUUGAGCGGGCGUUCGAGAGAGUCCGCGGUGUCACUGGCCAAAACGACCUGGACCGAAUGGUCCACGACUUCAUUAAGAAGGAAGACGUGAACUUCGCACUCUUCAACUACGUCAAUGAGUUGAACAGCGAGGUGGAAGUCUUGCACGAUGUGAUCGGCGCCCUCAACGCCGACAUUGAAGCCUUCCAGAAGCAAGGGAUGAAGUUGGACCAAAGCAGACAGAACAUCCUGAAGGAACUUGAAACACGAUUCACCUCUGCCGAGCGCCAAUGCAAGUUGUACGAAAAGCGCCUGAAACGAUCGGGCAAGCUACUCGACCAGUUGAAGACGGCGGUGGACCGGACGUUCCGCCGGCUGGGCUGCGACGACACGGCCAUCUGCGAUCUGCUGGGGUCAGGCCGGGGUAUCUCGGCCCGGAAUAUCAUGAUGUACCUAGGGCAGAUCGAGCAGACUACCAAUGACCUGAUGCUGAUACAACACUUCCUGCAGUUGAAGGAAGUUCAUGCCUCGAAGGGUGACGCGGUCCAGCCAACUCUUCAGCCAAAACCCACUGGUAGCAUCGUGGCUGCCAGGCUGCGUCCAGCACCCCGUGUCAGCAUUUCUAUCAUGCCGCCCUCGCUAGAGCCACAAGAGGGCGUAUACAUAGUUGCGGACGAGGUAGAGGAGCCAGUCCAAGACGAGGUUCAGCCUUUGACCCUUGAUGAACUCAAGCAGAAAGUUGUCAAGACGAUUCGCAAGAAGGAGGUCCAGCCGAAGAAAGUAAAGGAAGCUAAGGGGCAAACAGAAGCUCAAAGUAGCCCAAGCAGCGGGACUAAGGAUUUGAAAACUACUCUCAAAUAAAAACGGAACUUUAAGUUGGGAGGGGGUAUUUUGUCAUAGUUGUCAGUGAACAUGAAAUGAUAGUGCAUGUAUUUCUAUGUUGAUCAGAUUUUUGCCACAUUUAUAAUACAUGUAGUUCGGUACUUCAAGAAUACUUUAGAGAGAACAAAAAUUGUACGGUGAUAUUUCAGCGAUUUCCUUCUUUUUGCCAUCACCUCAUCGUUGGGGUAGACAGGAUGAAUGCAAACUUAAUAUAUAAUGCCAUUAAUACUGUAAUAAGCCAAUUUGCAGCAUGACAAUCAGUGUGAAGGUUCCCCUCACUUCAGAACAGUUCUUAAAAUGAGUUUCAGCUUGUCAAGCAUGUUCUAGCUGUUUGUACGGGUCCUAAAUACAACAAGAACUUCAAGUGUUUAUAGAAAGGAGCCUACAUGAAAAUUUCUGUAGAACGAAGUUCAUGUGAAUUUCCACCCAGACGUUCUUCACAGACGAUUAAGACUAGUUAAAAUGGAGUAUCCAUAAGAGAAGGCUUCCUUAUAUUACUGUCAUACUGUCCCAACAAAAAGGUCAAUAAAGUAAUC